CACUUUGUUGUGCGCCUGUACGGGAGUGAAAUUUGACCAACUCCCAGGAAUUGCCUUUGUUUUCUUGUUUGCUGGAGCAAGUACACAUGCGCAGCUGCGGGUGCAUUAUUGUUUAGAACUGGAGUUUUAGCACGCCACACAUGCGCACAGUCAUCGGCGAUGGGGCUGGCGAGAGGAGUUAGUUACAGUGGCAGGUACCGAGCCGACAAGAACGCAUUACCGUUUGUCCAUUCCACGAUCAAUCCGUGUGUGUAGUGCAGAUCAAGUGCACGGUGCUGAUUUCUUCUUCUCCAGUGCUACUGUAAGCCGAGUGCAGUUUUUGCCGUCAUUUUAGGUCAUUGGAUACAAACGGGAAUAGCGUGUACAAAAGCUCCUCCAACACCGAUGGAAUGAGAAAAAUUCGCGGGAAUUGAAGGUGUAAGGACUAAGAAUGUGCGGCUGUUGCUGGCUACCGAUAGCUGUGUGUGUUGUGGGAUAGUGAAAAUUGUAAAACGAAAUCGGUUCAAGUGUUUGCAAAUUAUAACAGAAGAUUCUCUCUGCCACUCGAGACAAGACGCCGCCACAGCCGCGCAUGCGCUAGUCUAGACGUUAGAGUUGAGGAUGAUGGAGCAGCAACAGCAACAGAACAACUUAAGCGAGAGCAAACCAGCUCAGCCAACCCCGGUACCAUUACCGCGCCCAAGACAGCAUGUGAAGCAGCUGGAACCGGCAGACGCAACAACGCAAACGACAGCCUAUAUCAACGUUGCCGUAGUAGAACCGAACAUUCCUCCAUCGAUUAACGCACCCGUACCGGCCCCGAGACAGCGGUCGAAGGUGGUAAUAUUUGACGACGGGGAGCAGCAUAAAUCGAAGCAUGGCACGCCCGCGGAAUGUGAUGAUGAGCGUUAUCAGAACGUUGUUAUCAUACGUCCGGCACCACCAAGCCCGGUUAAACCCGCCAGUGAAGGUAAUAGCAAUAAGCCGGUAAACAAAGAUCGUCCUUCGGAUGAAGCGAAUACCAACGUCCGUACGGCGCCGGAUAUAUUGCUCACAGACAACCUGCGGGAUUUGAAGCUUAAUAGUGAGCUUCGUGAAUCGGAAGAAGAAAACCGAACGGCCGGUGGGGAUGGAAAAUACAAAACCCUUUCACCGGGCGAUCUGUUCAAAACGAUCGGCACCGCGUCGCGUAUGCUAACCGAAUCGAUUGGUGAGCGGGUUGCGCACAAGACGAAGAAGGUUGCCCAUAACGUGCGCAACACUGGCACAAGCCUGGUCGCUUGGGGUCAGGAAUCGCGCAAGAGUGCUGCCGGGAAGCUACUUAAAGGUGUUGGUAGCAAGCCGGAGAAGCCGGCGGAACGUCCGGAAGACCAUCAGACGGGAGGAGCAUCAUCAUUGGAACAGCAACAGCAAGCAAGCAGUCCGAAGGCCUCCGGGAAAACAAGACCACGGUCCCUAGCGUCGCCGGAUGGUGUAAUGGGAAAGAUUCGCUUCGAUAGUCCACUGAUGAACAAUGCCACUCGCGUGCAAGCUACGUACGAUACACCGAAGAAGAGUGGCCUCGUGCUACGGUCACCCGAUUCGGCAUCUUCCUCCCCGGCACAGUCAUCAAACGGUGGUAAUAGCAGCGUGCGUGUUAGCAGCAGCAGUUUAGCAUCGUCGGAAGGUGGUGCUGGGGUGGAAAGUGCUCGCGGUCGCUUCGAACGGAAUGCUCCCGCUAGCCAAAGUCUGUAUAGCCGUAUCGUGCCGAAGCGGAACCGGGGCAUCAACAAUAAUGAGUCCGUAAUGCCUCCACCAGGGCUACUAACACGUACCAGCAAAAACAAAAGCGAAUCAAACCUGUACGAGUCAAUAUUUUACGUUGGACCACCGAAGGCGACCGAAGCGAGUGAUGGGCUGUACGGGAAGUUAAACAUUAUAUCUCGGCCAACAAUUUCUUCCAGCUCGAGCAGCAGCUCGGUGUCGGGUGGUGGUGGCUCCGAAGAGGACAACACGACCAUCCAUGAAAACAUACAGAUACGGGAAAAAACUACCAACUCCAAAACUACUGCACCCACUGCUGCAGGUGCAUCUUCUCCGUCGCGCCAUCGUAUAUUUUCACGGCGUCUUUCAGUCGGGGAGCAGCAACCGCAACAGAAUUUACGCUCGGAAUCAUGGAACUUUUACGACGUAAGCACCAAUGCUGGAGGUUCAGCAGGAGUUUUGGGAGAUGAAGAGGAAGAAGAGGAGGAGGAGGAGAUCAGCCUUUCGCACAUAAGCACACCGGAACCGGUGUACGAGAACAGUGUCGAACCAUACCGGCUGUUGCCAAUAGCUGACCAGCUCGAAAUGCUGCAACCGGUACCGAUCGGUGAGGACGAUAGCAUCCACCGUCUGCGGCAUGAUUACGACGAGGUUUCCAUUGCGGACAUUAUAGACGAGUUUGAUCCAUUGGUGGCUGGUGCUGGCGGUAGUCGUACGGCAAUGGAAGGCAACAUCCAGCGACCGUGCGGUAAUUUGGCGCUGAUCGAGAAUCUGCUCGGCGAGGAAUCGUACAGUCGGAUGCCGAAGCGUGUGUCAAUGGCGGAUCGUUGUCCGAAACCGCCAAAACGUUCCGAUUCGUUGUUUGUGUCGGAAACGUCUUCCGUAGGAGCAACAGCAACUAGAGCAGCAGCAGCAGCAGCAGUACCAGCAGCACCAGAGCGUGCUGUUCCUGCUAAGCCGGCGCGUCGAAAGACCAGAUCGAGUACUGCAGAGCAAACUGUUAGUCAAAUCAUACAUCAAAAUCUAAACCUUCCCACCGGUAGUGUGGAAAACCUGGUCGAGCUGGAGGAACGAUUUAUUGAACCACAUCUUUCGUCCGUAUGCUCUGAUGUUGAUGUGCAGGAAGACGGUCCGGUUGAUUUGAGCUAUCCACGAGAACCACAAACGAGCUGGUACGUUGCGGAUGAGGAGCAACGGCAAGUUCCACAAGGUCAGGUAGCGGCUAACAACGCCGAUCGGUUCCGGAAACGCGGUGUUGUUGUUCCCAUUAAUGAGACUGCCGAUCCGAACGCGAAGGUUUCAAAGAAUCCGCCUGUGGCACAGGAAGAAGGUGGAGGGCCAUCAACGGCAGUGGAUGAUCCAAGAACGUCCUAUCUGCCCACCUAUUUCGAAGCAAUCGGUGGAACGGAUCCACUCUUUGAGCGUGGUCUGGCUGGAUCUCCCGCUGGUGCUGCGGCCUCCAUCAAGUCCCCCAGCGUUGCCACAAAGCUGUUGAACGCAUUAAAACGGAAGCCCAGCUUUAACAAGGGUGGCACUGGCGAACAUUCCUCCUCCUCCUCCUCCACCGUGCUAACCACACUCGAGAUGGUCCCGAAGCCGAAGCUAACCGAGCGGCUCAUCUCACACAAAGGACACGUGCUGAAAUUUCCCUCCGGCAAGAUCGGCGACGUACUGAACGAACUGUCUCCUCGGUCGGUAGUGUUGCGCGAGCGUAUCUUCCAAACCUAUCUCGACCCACAGCAAACCCUGCCGAAGGAAGCGAUCCAUCUCCGUCACAUCCUCUCGGUACAGAGCAUCCUGCAGCACAAGUUUGCCGGCGAAGGACGACUCGAUCUGCACUGUUUCGAGGUGGUGCUCGGUGUGCCGAAGGGUGUCAGCUCGUCGACUGGUGGAUCGGCUGGCAGUGGUUCAUCGGCACUGGCCGCCGCAUCCAUGUCCACCAAUCCGGAGUUAUUGAUUACGAGUGGUACAUCAGCAAACGUGAAACUCGUACGUCAGUCGUACAUGUUCGGCACGCACAAACGUUCCGAUCGGAAUCUGUGGAUGGCGAAAAUUCUCCAAUCGGUAACGGAUGUGUUCGGGAGCGAGUGUGAUUUAUUGCGUGAGUUUCUACGGGCGGGUUGGUGUUACGUGAAGAAAUCCGUAUCGGCGGCAUGGUCCGGUGCGUGGUUGCUGCUAGCGAAACGUAAACUGUAUCUGUACAGCUUUCCGGAGGAUCGGUUGGAAGAGCUCGAUUUACGUAAGGCACGGUGUAUCGGGGUGGUUGACAAUGAACCGAGCACGAUCGGCAAUCUAUACGUCGAGUCCGGGCCCAGCCUGUUCAUCGACUGUCCGCCAUACACGACACUUUACUUCGUGAUGGGAUCACCGCGUGAAACACAAAUCUGGCACAAGGUGAUCCGGCAGGUGGCGCACAAAAACGGACCUACACUGCACAGCCAGCAGCUAACGCGGGGUGACGUGCCCGUGCUGAUAGACAAAUGCAUUAACUUCAUCUACGCGCACGGCUCCAUGUCGGAGGGUAUCUACCGGAAGUCAGGCUCCCAGUCAUCCGUAGUGCGCAUCCUGCAGCUCUUCAACGAGGACGCGUUCAACGUCCAGCUGACGCGGAGCGAGUACAACGAGUACGAUGUGGCGGGUGCGUUGAAAAAAUUCAUUCGCGAGCUACCGACCUCAUUUUUCGGCAAUUACGCGGCAUCGUUCGUUGCGAUCGGCACGCUCAGCGGCGAUGCGCAGGACGAACAGCAGCUCAAGCUUGAUUCGUACCGGCAGUUGCUCGAUCGGUUGCCCCGCAUCGAGUACUGCACGUUGAAAAAGUUGCUAGGCCAUCUCGCGUUCAUAGCAUCGCUCGAGCAGCACAAUCGGAUGGGUGUGCCGAACCUUGCGAUGAUCUGGGGAUCCGUGUUGCUUGCCAACGCGAGCCAGAACACCGUACAGGAGCGUGGCGGUGGGUAUCACCAGCAGGAUGCGGACGUGGUGGCGGAUCUGAUCCGACUAUACAGCAGCCUGUUUCCGGUCGGGGCCGAAGAGCUGUACCGCGAGCAGCUGAUGCUGUCGGUGCUGAAGAAGUAUCAUGCUGCGGCAGAAAAUCUUUCGGACACUGUUAAACAUUCGGGUGAUUUGAAGGUAUGGAUCACGAUCGAUUGCGACAGUGCGCCCGAGGAGGAAGGCCUGCGUAGUGAUGGUUCUGCUGGGAGAAAACAUGGUGUGGGAAAGGAGGACAAAGCGCAAGUGAACGUAGACGUCAAUCCUACGAAAACUGCUGCCGACAUAUGCAAGGAGCUGGCAGCAAAAACCAAACAUCCCUGGUAUAAGCUUACACUGUACGAGGUGAUUGCGAACGAUGCGCUCGUUCGCCCAAUACACUACAGCGAGAAAGUGCUGGAGAUUGUUGUUCGAUGGACGUACUGGGACGAAGCGGAUCGGAAAAAUAAUUACCUCACGCUCAAACCAACGACCACGUUCAACGAUGUGUAUCGUACCAUCCAGAAGGCACCGGUCCUUACGCCCACGAUGGAACUAAAGUUUGCCGAGCGGAAGACGAAAGCCCUGCGCAACUAUCAGCUACAACUGAUCGGACGUGGCCUGGUGGUGUUGAAAAAGCUGGAAAAGAAGGAUAAAGGGUACGAGGAGGUGAUGAAGAUUGAUCUCACCCAAAUGACGGCGUACAUUGGGUGUGAGCCAAAGCGUGAUCGGUCCAGCCUACGGUGGGCCAUCACGCUGGUGGAUCAUAGCUUCAAGAAGAGAACACGCGACUCCCCAUUCAUCGGCCAUGUGUUUGGAGGGUUCGAUUUCGCUAGCCAAAUACUGUGGUAUUCGAGUAUUCUCUACAGCCAGUAUAAGGAUGACAUUCUGCCUAGUGGGGAUUUAUUUUUUUGAAACGCGUAGCCUUUAGCACAAUUGUUAUUUUCCUCACGGACAAGGUAAGGUAAUGCAUAUUUUUCUUUAUUGAAUUGCAAAAGAAGAACUUAGGACUUUUUUGAAAUUUAACGUUUUGAUUGUUUUUAGCUUUAAGAUCCAAAUGUUUACCUUAUUUUUGACAAGAAUUUUAGAGAGAGAGAGAGAGAGUGAUAUGCGCAAAAGAGAAACAGAACUAUACCGUUAAUUUGUGAUCGCAAAAAUUGCUGAUUUGAGCCAUAUUAAGUUAACGUUCAUUCCAAACUGUUAAACAUGUGUGUAUACAUUGUUAAAUUGCCUUCAAGUAAGAUUACAUGAAAAUUGUAUGAAUAAAAGCUAACCCACUGAACUGAAUAA